AUGUUAUGUAUAAAGAAAUUAUAUCACGACGAACUGCUGCAGCUGGCAUUGCUGCUUUCUUUACUACGAAUAGACCCUGAAUCCUACCUUGGUUUGGAUAUUCAAACCAUUGGUGUAGGAUCACUGGAUCUAAACAAUGGUUCAAGAUGGCACACCGAUGCUCAUACAAUAGUACAUCGUCCUAUAUUUGUACAUCCAAAAAAUUUAGACUCCAUGCUUUUAAAUUAUCAGAGAGAUUUAUUUGAAGACUUAAAUUCAUUAGGAAGAUACAAUAGAAUAAAUUCGGGCUUAAAUGAUAUCCAUGCAUACUUGUUAAACAUCGAAGAAUCAGCAAGAGACAUGGCUAUUGCGGGACCCAGUAUAUCGCUUUCUACUAAUCCAGCUAGAAAUAUGACAUCACCAGAUCCAGCAAAUUCUUCGCAAAUACCCAAUGAACCAACUAGUACAGCAGAACUUACUCAAGAGGACAUGGAUUUAAUCGAGGUGCUUUGGAAACAAGACGUGGAUCUGGGAUUCACACCAUUGGUAGAGUCCACUGCUUCUCCAAAGAAGCCAUCCACAUCGGAAAAGGAAACCGACGAUGAGAUCGAAAAACUAAAAGCUUUAGAAGCGAUUAAUUCGAACAACGAAAAGAAAGAUACAAAGGAAUUUGAAGAGCAGCCGGAUGAUCCAUGGGCAGGUCUUCCUUAUACUGUUGAUCUCGAAACUGGUGAAUAUAUUCUCAAAUCUACCAAUCAAGGGGAAAGCGGAAAUAGCGCUGUCGAAGAAGACGAUCAGCUUCUCGCGGACGCGUCGUUGGACUUAAACAAUCAUCCCUUAGCUGGAUUAACCGAUGAUUCUCUGGGAUUAACCGAUACCUUAGAGCUUGAAAAUGAUUUUCCCUCGGACUUACUCGGAGGUGGCCUCUUAGGAAGUGCUGCUGUAGAUGGUCUUCUGAACAACGAUACCUUGGGUCUUCCCGACGGAUUCAACCUCGAGGAGGCGCUUCAACUCGUUGGCCUCGAUGAGGCUCAAUCAGAGGAAACGAAGUCGGAAGUAAAGAAGAAGAAGAAAGAAGACGCCGUCGCGGAAUCCGCGAGUGCGAAAGAGGAAACGGCCAUUACUAGCUCGAGCACCGUCGAAGUAUCAAAGUCACCAAGGUGCGAGGAUCCUGAAACCGGCGACAUGAUUCACACACCGCAAUUCCAUCAUCCCCAUCACCCGCACCAUCGUUCCUUCCAGGGUCGCAUGCCAUUUAUGCGUGCUAUGAGCAUGGAACAACGAUGGCAGGAUUUGGCAUCCUUACUAUCGCUACCCGGUGCACCGGAACAUUUUGCACAUCCUGCACAUCCUGGAUACCCAGGGCACGGUAUAAGUCACAGUCAUUACGAAGCACAACGUAAUGUAUUACUUCACAAUGCCACAUUGGCUCCACCUGUGGGUGAUCUAAAUUCUACGAACCCCUAUCACAAUGUUGGUGGGUCUUCAAACCUAGGUUCAGCGGUGGCAACAUCAAUGAAUUUAACGAACAGUAGCGAACCAAUUGGCGCCGAUAGUGGAACAACUUAUAAAUCUGAACCAGCUGAUAUGAUGUAUUAUCAUGCACCAACUUCCGAUUCGAUAAAUCAAACAACCGACGGUUUCCUUUCGUCCCUUCUAAAUGACGAGGACCUGCACCUGAUGGACAUGGCCAUGAACGACGGCAUGUACACCAUGCGUAUGUUAGAUAAUGGUAACAAUAACGCUUCUGGUCCAACGGGAGCAGCGGCCUUGUCAGGAGUUCAGCCAGCUGGUGGUACGACUCCAUCGGCAACAGGCGUUACGACACUUCCGGGUGUAACAGACGAAAGGAUGGAUGCAUCCAGCGAUAGUGCUGUCAGUAGCAUGGGCAGCGAGCGUGUACCAUCCCUUUCAGAUGGCGAAUGGAUGGAAACUGGAUCUAAUUCCAGUCAUACGCAAGCCGAUUCUCAUUACACUAUGGACUAUGCUAGCAAAUUUCGCAUGUCAUACGAUUGUAGCUACUCCGUUUCCGGAAGGAACGCCGGUUCUCCAAGAUGUCAAACCGAGCGUUCCAUGCCUCCGGUUGCUCAGAAAAAGCAUCAAAUGUUUGCAAAACGAUACUUCCAGGAACAAGGAACUGGUUCACCUUUGGGAGCCACAGCACAUCCGACUACUCCAAUGAAGUAUGACUACGACUCCCAUACAGUUGGUGCUGGUGCUCCAGGAAACGCUUAUUCAGGGCCAAUCGAGGGUGCUGCUGGACCACAACCGGAAAUGAAAUACAGCUGUAGCGUAGAUUUCACCCGUCAUCAAUCAGGACGUUCCGCUAUAGAACACGUCCAUCAUAAUCACACGUAUCAUUUACCCGCGGAAAGUUCCGGAUCUCUUCAGCGUCCUGUCUCCCGUGAUAAAAAAGUACGCAAAAGCGAGGGCGAGGAACAUUUAACGAGGGACGAAAAGAGAGCCAGAGCGUUGAACGUGCCCAUUCCAGUAAACGAUAUUAUUAAUCUUCCUAUGGACGAAUUUAACGAACGUCUUAGCAAAUACGAUCUCAGUGAAGCUCAAUUAUCUUUGAUACGUGACAUCAGAAGACGAGGCAAGAAUAAAGUAGCCGCUCAAAAUUGUCGUAAACGUAAACUAGAUCAAAUCAUAAGCCUAGCCGAUGAAGUGAAAGAGAUGAGGGACCGAAAGAUGAGACUCAUCCGUGAACGAGAGUUCAUGCUCAUUGAAAGGCAACGUGUUAAGGAUAAAUUUAGUCAACUUUAUCGUCAUGUGUUUCAAUCUCUGAGAGAUCCUGAUGGCAAUCAAUAUCAUCCAUACGAAUACAGUCUUCAGCAAUCGGCUGAUGGAAAUGUGUUGUUAGUGCCAAGGAAUCAAACGAAUCCUCAUCAUCCUCGUUCCACGACGAUGGAACCGAAAACGAAACCUGAUCCUGAACACAAGGAAUGAAGCUAUCAUGGAAUCACGUUUAAAAACGUUUGAUUAGACAAAUUUUCUUGAUACGGUGAUCGCACUUAAAAGUAUCCUGACGGAUGUACGCGGUGCUAAGAAGAAAACACUUUUACAGUUUUAAGUACAAUAAAAUAAAUGAAAGGUUCAUCUUGAAAGAAGCUUGGUUGCUAAUAUUUUGCAUCAUGUUCGACUAAACAACGAAAUUUUUUAGAUAUUUCAGAGACUCGUAUCGAUUCAUGCUUUUCUUUAAGAUAAUCACCAAACAUAGAAAUACUGAUUGUACAUAUAGUAAUAUUGCAUAAAGAAAUCAAAACACUACACAAAUAGAAGAAAAGUAAAUAACACUCUGAAAAUUUGUUAUAUUUAAAUAAAAUGACUUUAUUUAUUAUUUCGAACAGUGAUAUAAACAUGAGUAUACGUUUAAUGUUUCCCAAAAAAUGUAGUAUCAUAUAGAAUACAUUUUUCAUUUCUUUUUCUAUUAAAACUCAAGGGAACAGUUAUAAUAUUCUAAUUCAAUUAAUGUUGUCGUAUUUGGGAGCUUCGCGAUGAUUUUAAUUAAUCAUUAUGACUUCUCGGGUUUCCAUCGUGUUGGUGUUUUGGUUGCUUACCCAAUACAACCGAAACAUCAAGUUAUGUUAUUCUGAUUUUCUUAUGUUUUGUUGUUCUUUUUCCUUUGAAAUAUACAGGUGAUGAUUUUUAAUUUUUUAAACCAUGCAUAUAUAGAAGUACGUUUAUUAGGUGCGUCGUUUAUUGAAAAGUUUAACACAUCUCUUUCAGUUAUUUCAUCUAUGAAUACAUUAUACAUGAUUUAAUCGAUAUGUAAGUGACAUAGAUGUUAAGUGUUUAAGAUCGUAUUGAAGUGUGAUUAAUUAAAAGAAUCUUAAUCGAAUGACGUUACUUCCAAAAUUAUUAAACUUGCCAAACAUCAUAUUGUAUUGAUAAAGGUACAUAGAGCGCUGUCAUGAGUCUGUUGUACACGACUCAAUGCAAGUGAAGUAAAAAAACAAUUAUAUAAUGAUGCCAGUAAAAUAAAUAAUUUUAUUGCUUUAAAUUGUUCGUAACUUGAUGACAAAAAUGUCAAUAAGGUGUAAUGCAGAAUUAGAUUUACAUUUAAAUUGGAAAUUAAAUGAAAAGAACAAUCGAAACGAUAAAAGGCAAAUGUCAGAAACCUUGAAUGUUAUACAUUGUUCGAUGAACUACUUAAUAUACUGUACAAAAACUGUUCCAAAAAUAUUACAUUUCAGUCCAUACAAGUAUAUAUAUCAACAAUCAACUGUAAUAUACAAUGAUGAAAAUAUAGAGUAAAUAAUGUGACUAUGUGCAUACUUUUAAAGCGAUGUGUUGUGUACUGUUACAAUAUUAAUAAUAGUAUUGAUUAAAAUACGAACAGACGUAAUAAAUACACAUAUUUUUAUAAAAUAAGAAACGAGUAAAGUUCAGGUAUGUCACAUUUGCCUUUAUAUGUAUAUAUUAAUGUAGUUAGAAUAAUUUUCUAUAAAUAUUAUAUAUAUAAAUAAAUAUAUAGAGAGAACAUAUGAAUGUAUGUACACGCAUAUAUGUAUGUAUAUAUGCGUAUAUACAGACACGUUAUUACGAUAAAAAUAAUUGAAAAGGAUAUGCUGUUUAUGCCGACAAUUUAUAACAGUCAACUCUUUAUUAACAUUUACAUACACAAUUGUAUUUAUACUAUUGGGUGUAGGCUGCCUUUACAUACUGUACUUAGCGAGCGGAGACCACGUUGUUAAGAAGAACUAUCAUAAAAAAAAAAGAAUAAUUUAUAAUUACUCUGUUCGUGGACUGUACAAACGAACCAGAUUUAUAUGAACCUUCGAUUUUAUCCGAUCAUAUUUUAAGAUCUUUCAUGUCAUUAAAUUUCUAUAUUGUAUAAAUAAAGCUGAAUAAACCUUUGGGGAAAGUACUGUAUA